AACAGACGUCUUAGUUCUUUGAUUUAAAGAAAAGUAUCUUAUUUGGAUAUUGGAUACUACAACUAAAAAAGGAUGAAAAGGCCGUGGUUUUUGCUAUUUCUAGUCCUGAUUUCAUUUUUAUUGAUUCAGGCAAGGACGGUUUUAAACUACGACGAAGCUCGAAAGGCUUUUUUAGAUGCCGAGGAGAACCUCCUGACUGGUGGCCACACGUACUUGUGUGAAAAGGAGAUUAGGGUCAAUGAAAUCUUCAUGGAUUACAAGAUCAAGGAGAUGGACCAUGGCUUUGAAAACGAAGAGGAGAACGCCGCUGCACUCCAUUUCUUCAAGGCCAAACCUUUGAUCGACAAGAGUAAGGUGUUCCAGUUUCUUCACAGGAUGCCCAAGGGAGGCUUGCUCCAUUUGCACAAUAGUGCAUCCGUUAGCUCCGAGUGGGUGGUGAAGAACAUAUCCUAUUAUCCUGGCAUGUUGCGGUGCACAACGACCAAGGGUAAAACCGUCCUGACCUUUCGGCGUACACCCGUCGAACACAACUGCCAGUCGGAGUACGUACUGAUUUCAGACGAGCGUGGGAAUGCCAGUGAUCCUCAGGUUUAUGAUCAGGAGUUCGAACGUAUCAUCAAUAUGUACACCCCUUACCCAGAGGUGGAAUAUUCUACUACAAAAAAGGCAUGGACUCGGUUUCAGGACAUGUUUGAUUCCUUCAACGACGCCCUUGUCUAUUUGCCAGUAUUUCGACUUUAUAGCUGGAGAGCUUUAGAGGAGCUGUACAAUGACAAUAUCAUGUAUGCGGAGCUCCGAUCCACACUACGGCCACUCUACGGCGAUAAUGGAACCAAUUUUCCAAUAGACCGAACUAUCCAGGAGUUAUACGAUAUUAACGAAAAGUUUAUUCAGCAGCACCCGGAUUUUAUAGGAAUAAAAAUCAUAUUUUCCGCAUAUCGGGGCUUUGAAGUUGAUCGUAUCAAAAAUAUAGUGGAGAAUUUUAAACGUAUUCACGAAGCUAUGCCCAAUUUCGUGGUGGGGUUUGAUUUUUUGGGACAAGAGGAUCUGGGAAAGCCACUCUAUGAUUUUUGGCAUAUUAUUAAAGACUUUCCUCCAACAGCCAGAUUUUUCUUUCAUGGCGGAGAGACAAAUUGGUUCGGUACCUCCACGGACCUCAAUUUGCUAGACGCCCUGCUACUAAACACCACUAGGAUAGGACAUGGCUACGCCCUGGUGAAGCACCCGAUCAUUAUGAGUGCCGUGAAAAAUCGUAAGAUAGCCGUCGAAGUGUGUCCCAUCUCGAACCAGGUCCUGCAUCUGGUUGGGGACCUAAGGAACCAUCCAGGAGCCCUAUUUCUGGCUCAAGACAUGCCCAUUGUGAUCUGCAGCGAUGAUCCCGGGUUCUGGAAUGGCAAGGGUCUGAGCUACGACUUGUACUACGCCAUCAUGACUAUGGCUCCCAAGAAUGCUGGACUCCGUUUGCUCAAAACUCUGGUGGAUAAUUCGAUUCGCUACUCCGCUAUGACAGAGGAGGAACAAAGUCGUUCUUACCAGAUUCUGGACAAAAAUUGGUCCAUCUUUAUUGACAAAGUACUGGAAGAAUCCGACAAUUAA